CAUUCUGAGUACAGCUCUCCCCACCACUGCAUCUGUCCAUUCUUCCGGUGCAUUAGUUUCUACUAAAUUAACAUGGCGAUGCCAGAGCAAGGUCUCUCAGCCGCCCUGAAUGCAAAAAUCAUUGGCGCCGGCACUGAACCCAUGGUUCUUGCACAUGGGUUUGGUGUAGACCAAUCUAUCUGGGACAAAAUCACUCCCUUUUUGGCUCAGCAUUACAAGAUUAUGGUUUUCGACUGGCCCUUCUCAGGAUCUGUACAAGACACAAACCUUUACGACCCUGUCAAAUACAGUUCAUAUGAUGCUUUUGCCAACGAUUUGAUUACUCUUUUGGACGAAAAUUGUUUAAAAUCAUCAGUUUUUAUCGGCCACUCCAUGUCUGGUAUGAUUGGAUGCAUUGCUUCCACGAAAAGGCCAGACCUUUUUAAGAGGCUCAUACUCAUUGGAACUUCUCCCAGAAACAUAAACACGGAUGAUUAUGAAGGAGGGUUUAAGAGCUCAGAGAUUGAGGAACUCAUUUCAAGCAUGGAAACCAACUAUUUUGGCUGGGCAUCAAGCUUUCCUUCUCUUGUUGUGGACUCAAAUGAUGCUCUAUCGGUGGAGAAGAUUCAAAACUGCUUUACAUCUAUGAGACCUGAGGUUGCGGUAACCUUGGCUAAAACCGUGUUUUAUAGUGACCAAAGGGAAAUUCUGGAUAAAGUUACGACUCCAUGCACAAUCAUCCAAACUGCAAGCGACAUUGUCGUUCCAAACUCGGUUGCUCACUACAUGCAAGAGAAGAUCAAGGGAAUAUCAACGAUGGAAAUGAUCAAGACUGAUGGACAUUUCCCACAGCUCACUGCUCACCUGGAGCUUGUUCAAGUCCUCGGUGGAGUUUUAGGGUUUUGAUCUUUGAUCGAUCUCUUUGUACGUUUAUGUAGGCGAUAUACGUUGCCGACUAUUUUCCUUUAGUUUGUGAUGAUGAUAACUUGUUAAAAAUUAUACUAUGAAAUGUGAUGUCGAAUGUGUUUUAUGCA